GGAAGGAGGGAAGAAGGAAGGGGUUCUGGGGAUUUAUGAAAGUGAGGGUUAUUUUUUUAUAUAUGUUUGGACUAAGCUAUUUGUCGAAUUUUGGAGGUUGCUUAGCAAAGUUGUACGUUUCCAAAUCCUUCUCUAUCCAGAAGGAUCCUUAUCUCUUGCUUGGUAACACCUCACUGUGUCACUCUGAUCCUCUCUAGGCUGAUUUUUAAAUCAGCUGAAGAUCCAAGUGACUUGAUCAGAUUCUCCAACUGAUUUGGGUUGGAGGCCCAGUCUCCAUAAGAGGCAUGGCCACAAUAGCUCAGGUCUAGGUACUGAAUAUUGGUCCCUUCAAGUUCAUUGCUAAGCGAGACCUCCUUCGGAAGAUCUAAACUGCAGCAAGUUAACCCAAAAUUAAGCUUAUCUCUGAAGGCCAAGAACAGUUCCUUCAACUGGGAAGAACUUAUCUCCAGCAUAUAGAGGAAGAGGGUCUGAGUAAUCUGAGGAGCAAUCCUUAACAGAGAUGGCAAGUAUGGACUCAGAUCUCUUGUUUCACUUUUUGGGAAAGUAAUUUUGGAGGAAAGAUAUCACUUCUUCUGAGUCAUCAGGGACUCAUCUAAAGUUGAGUCUGGAGAGGUUAGGAAUCUGGCUGUUUAUAGAGGAGAUAAAGGACAUAUGAGAUUCUUUUUGAAGAUCAAGAGUAAGAGAUGACUUUGAAGUUAUAUUGAAAUCCUCUCAAGUAAUACAUUUAUGAAGAGCGUCAAAUUCCUUUGGGAUAGAAAAGCUAAGCAUAUUCACUAUCUCUUCUUUUAUUGUAGAGAUAGGAUUAGAACUGCUCCUAUCUUUUAAUUUCAAUGACGAUGUAUCAAAAGAUAUCUUUCCAGAAUUGAUCUUCUCAAUCAUAGAUUCUUUUAACGAGGUCAUAUCCUCUGUUUUCUUAAAUUCUUUAUGCUUUCUUUAACAGAUUCUUCAAAUUCUUUCUUAGACUUGGCAAGUAAAGUUUUGAGUCUUUUACAGUCUUUCUUUCUCUCUUCAAUUUCUUUUUCAUAAUCUUCUUUCAUGAAUCUGAGAUAAGUGGCACAGCAAUUGAAAAUAGGCUUUCCUCAAACAUGAUCAUCAGCUGGCCCUGCAUUCAAUA